ACUAUGGGAAGGCGCCUUCUUCACUCUUCUUUCAUAAUAUAUUUAUGAAGGGCAGUGAGGAGCCAGGCGAAGGGUAAGGAUACUGUAAUCAACACAUCUUUACUGAGUUCCUGGCUUGGUGCCAUGUAUUGAGGAGAAACAGACAUUUAAGAUAUCCUUACAAGUCAGAAGGAAUUCACUCUUGCUGCCCGCAUGAACCAUACAAUUGCCUGGAGUCUUUUACCCACAAAACUGAACACGGUAACGAACAGCUUUAUACCUACAGGUGCUACGGGGGUCAGAAGAAGGGCAGGUGACCUGGGUGAAGGGGCCGGAGAACACGACCGAUUGCCAAUGAUGGCUCUUCCGAAAGAAAUCAGAGGUGGCCGUUCCUACUCAGAGAGCUGGGAAGAAGAGGACAAAGCUUCAGGGUGGAGUGGAAGCAUGGAGAGGGUCGAGCCAGGAUCAGGCCUCAGAACGGAGCUAAGGGCAGCCAAGGCCUGGUGUCUGGUGCCACUGAAGAGCCCAAAGGGCAUCACUGUGUGGAGCCACAUGGGGACAGUUAACCCUGCAUGCUCCCACUUUGCACUUCAGAGCUAGAUCUCAGUGUUCCACAGCAGCCCUGUGCCAGAGGAGGACACACGACCAUUGGCGUUGGACAGAAAGGGAAGCUGAGCCUGGGUCCGAAGCUCUUGCAUAUUGAUGUGAACAGGAGAGAAGAGACCCAAGAGCAAAGCCACAGGGGCUCUGCAUGUGCAGCGGGGAGGGGAGCAGGAGCAACCUCUCUGCUGCUGUCCCCAGACCUGGGACUGACCCCACGGGAUGAGGGGACCCUGCUCUGGAGCUCACACAUGGCCUCACCCGGCCAGGUGAGCAGCGCCCCCUCCCAGACCCCUCAGCCUGUCGUCCCACCCAAGCCUGUGCAAUGUGUCCAUCAUGUGUCUACUCAACCCAGCUGCCCCGGCCGGGGCAAGAUGUCCAAGCUGCUGAACCCAGAGGAGAUGACGUCGAGAGAUUAUUACUUUGACUCCUACGCUCACUUUGGGAUCCAUGAGGAAAUGCUCAAGGAUGAGGUGCGCACACUCACCUACCGGAACUCCAUGUACCACAACAAGCAUGUCUUCAAGGACAAAGUGGUGCUGGACGUGGGCAGUGGGACUGGGAUCCUGUCCAUGUUUGCUGCCAAAGCAGGGGCCAAGAAGGUGUUUGGGAUCGAAUGCUCCAGUAUCUCUGAUUACUCGGAGAAGAUCAUUAAGGCCAACCACUUGGACAACAUCAUCACCAUAUUUAAGGGUAAAGUGGAGGAGGUGGAGCUGCCCGUGGAGAAGGUGGACAUCAUCAUCAGCGAGUGGAUGGGCUACUGUCUGUUCUAUGAGUCAAUGCUUAACACGGUGAUCUUUGCCAGGGACAAGUGGCUGAAACCUGGAGGGCUUAUGUUUCCAGACCGGGCUGCUUUGUACGUGGUAGCAAUUGAAGACAGACAGUACAAAGACUUCAAAAUCCACUGGUGGGAGAACGUCUACGGCUUUGACAUGACCUGUAUCCGGGAUGUGGCCAUGAAGGAGCCCCUGGUGGACGUCGUGGACCCCAAGCAAGUGGUGACCAACGCCUGCUUAAUAAAGGAGGUGGACAUCUACACCGUGAAGACGGAAGAGCUGUCGUUCACCUCUGCGUUCUGCCUGCAGAUCCAGCGAAACGACUAUGUUCACGCCCUUGUCACCUACUUUAAUAUUGAAUUUACCAAGUGCCACAAGAAAAUGGGGUUUUCUACAGCCCCAGAUGCUCCCUACACCCACUGGAAGCAGACUGUCUUCUACUUAGAAGAUUACCUCACUGUCCGGAGAGGGGAGGAAAUCUACGGAACCAUAUCCAUGAAGCCCAAUGCCAAAAAUGUGCGAGACCUGGACUUCACAGUAGACUUGGAUUUUAAGGGACAGCUGUGCGAAACAUCUGUAUCUAAUGACUACAAAAUGCGUUAGCACCGUGGGGAGCCACAGAGAGUGAGUGAGGAAAGGAGCUCUCACCCGGACCUCCACGCUGCCCCCAGGAAUGCUGCUUGCAGGACUCUGCACUUGAAAACAGAGCUUCGACUCUGCCCUGAAGAUUGGUGAACUCACAGGGGCUCUUCGCGGCUCGGCCCUGAGCAGCAAGCUCCAGCUCCUCCACCCCGUUCCGGGACCCCUUCAUGAAGGGUUCGUUGUUGCCAGCAGAGAGCAACCUGUGGCUGGGGCCCAAGGACGGAGAAGUACCCUUGUGUCCCCAUCCUCGACUGUGACUCUCGGAUGUCCCACGUUUUGCAUGCUGCAGGCAUCUAGGACAGAUCGCUUCUACUAGAACAUGGAGACACAGUGUCUUUGAUAGCAUAGCCAGAUUGUCUGUGCAGUGGUGUGCGUGUGCGUGAGCGUGCAUAAGCAUUUAUAGCAGUUCAUUUGCCCACGGAUGCCUGUAUAUGCAUAUACACCAGGUGGGUGCAUUCAGAGGGCGUGUGCCUGUGCGCGUGGGAAAUAUAUUACUCUCAGAGAAGAGUCUGUUGCUUUUGAAUAGGAAUUUGUUUUGUGACUAGUCCCCUCCUUCCCUGUCCCUGGACAGAUGUCAUGCAGCUAUGAAGCAUUCUCUGUACUCUCUCUGGUCACCUUUUGACUAGACCGUGGCUCUGAACCCUGAGCAUUAGCACCACAGAUUCCGUGGGCACUCAAUAAACAGACCUGAGAACGAAGCA